AUGACUGUGAACUUUGGCAUUGGGCACUGUGGGUUGAAAUCCUGGUUCUGUCGCCUUGUUCAGUCCCUGCAAAGUCCCCACAGUACUGACUCAGGUGUCCCCUGCAGGACGCUGGUGAAUGCUGCCUUCUCGGAGAUCCAGGAUGGAGCGUUUUCCCACCUGCCACUGCUGCAGUUCCUGUUGCUCAACUCCAACAAGUUUACUCUGAUUGGAGACAAUGCCUUCACAGGACUGUCGCACCUGCAGUACCUCUUCAUUGAGAACAAUGACAUCUGGGCACUAUCCAAGUUUACCUUCAGAGGACUCAAGUCUUUGACACACCUAUCGCUGGCCAACAAUAAUCUGCAGACACUGCCUAGAGACAUCUUUCGGCCCUUGGACAUCCUGAGUGACUUGGACUUGCGGGGCAACUCACUCAACUGUGACUGCAAAGUGAAGUGGCUGGUGGAGUGGCUGGUGCACACCAACACCACGGUGGCUCCCAUCUAUUGCGCCAGCCCGCCCCGCUUCCAAGAGCACAAGGUGCAGGAUUUGCCGCUGCGGGAGUUCGACUGCAUCACCACAGAUUUUGUGCUGUACCAGACCCUGCCCUUCCCAGCAGUAUCAGCUGAGCCCUUCCUUUACUCCAGUGACCUCUAUUUGGCUCUGGCCCAGCCAGGUGCCAGCGCUUGCACCGUCCUCAAGUGGGACUAUGUUGAACGGCAGCUUCGAGAUUAUGAUAGAAUACCAGCCCCCUCUGCAGUGCACUGCAAGCCAAUGGUGGUAGACAGCCAGCUGUACGUGGUUGUGGCCCAGCUGUUCGGUGGAUCUUACAUUUACCACUGGGACCCCAACACCACACGCUUCACCAAGCUGCAGGAUAUCGACCCACAGCGUGUGCGCAAGCCCAACGACCUGGAAGCUUUCCGCAUUGACGGCGACUGGUACUUUGCCGUGGCCGACAGCUCCAAGGCGGGUGCCACCAGCCUCUACCGCUGGCACCAGAAUGGCUUCUACUCCCACCAGGCCCUGCAUGCCUGGCACCGUGACACUGACCUGGAGUUUGUAGAUGGCGAGGGCAAGCCACGGUUGAUUGUGUCUAGUAGCUCCCAGGCACCUGUCAUCUAUCAGUGGAGCCGCACCCAGAAGCAGUUUGUGGCCCAGGGUGAGGUGACCCAGGUGCCUGAUGCCCAGGCUGUGAAACACUUCCGUGCUGGGCGCGACAGCUACCUGUGUCUCAGCCGCUACAUCGGUGACUCCAAGAUCCUGCGCUGGGAGGGCACCCGCUUCUCUGAAGUGCAGGCCCUGCCCUCCAGGGGCUCGCUGGCCAUGCAGCCCUUCCUCGUGGGUGGCCGCCGCUACCUGGCGCUGGGCAGCGACUUCUCCUUCACGCAGAUCUACCAAUGGGAUGAGGGGCGCCAAAAGUUUGUGCGGUUCCAGGAGCUGGCUGUGCAGGCCCCUCGGGCCUUCUGCUACAUGCCUGCUGGGGAUGCUCAGCUGCUCCUGGCCCCUAGCUUCAAGGGACAGACGCUCGUGUACCGACACAUAGUGGUGGAUCUCAGUGCCUAG